CUACGAGAAACACGAACCGACUCCGAAUCGCUCGGAUACAAGACACGCACAAGGAUUUGUCAUGAAAAGGAGAGAAAAGGAUCUAAAAUAAGGCCUCUGGCAUUCUCUGUGCUUUCUUUCUUUCUUUUAAAAUCCAGCAUAAUGCUGCGUAAGUUCAGUUCAGAGGGUGCCUUGUUGGAUCUGGACUUCCUGCCCUGGGGGGAUAGAGAUGGGACCCAGGACACCUUGGAUGAUCAGCCAGAUGGAGCCUCAGCAUCCUAUCCUUGCACCCCAGAUGCAAAGUCAGGGAGUGCUAGAAAGGGGGAGCUUAAGAGAGAUCACAGCAUUAGUGUGGAAAAUCUGGUCGACUUGGAGAAGGACUCUGAUUUACUGAAAGUGACGAAUCUUAAUGAGAGUUUUAAAGCGUACAGUGACAGCCAGCUCGCUGCCAAUUCCAAAGGAAGCUAUGAGAGUGUGGGAAAGUGUGAAGGCCAAACCUACUCCCCGUCAUCCACACUGAAAUCCGGCCAUAUGCCCGCCUCCCCAAAACCUACCCACUAUCACCGACAGCAAGCUCGGGCCAAACUGGCAGCUGCUAAAUUACACCUUAAAAGUUUGUUUGGACAGGGCUCACCGCAGUCCUCGCAUUCGAAUCUGGCGAAUGCAGAGCACAGAGAGAACGUAAGCAGCGCUAAAGAGAGGCGUUCUCGAAUGCCUUUCCUCAGGCAGUGGAGUCAGGUGGGCCACAGCAGAGCUCAACUCAGCAGGAAGGAGAUGGAAAGUUGGGCCAAGUCCCUUGAUGCUUUGCUAGAAAGCAGAGUGGGCUCCACAGUCUUUGAAGCGUUCCUGCGAUCCGAGUUCAGUGAGGAAAACCUGCAGUUCUACACGGCCUGUGAGCAGUACAGCCAGUCGUCCAACAAAUUCAGCCUGCAGAGACGGGCGAAAAUGAUAUCGGAGACUUACAUCCAGCCCGGUGCUCCCAGAGAGGUGAACCUGGACAGCAAGACGAGAGAACUGACCCAACAGCUCCUCAAAGCCCCCUCUCACACUUCUCUCUCACAUGCCCAAAGGCGCAUCUACUGCCUCCUGGAAAUGGACUGUUACCCCCGUUUCCUCCAGUCGGAGAUCUACCUCACACUACUGAGGGAUUCAUAUUAAAACAAGAUUGGGCAAAAUGUCUGAAAGCGGGGUCAUCCUAAAAACUGAACAGACAUCAUUCCUGGACAGUGGAGACGGCAAACGUGUCUCUGUGAUGAAAAAAAAUCAUCUUAACUACUGAAGAACGUUUUAGUGAAAUAAAAAGGGAAACAGACGAGCAGGGAUGAGGCGACUGUCUUGAACUUGAAUGCAUAGCGUCUAAAGGGACAUGCAAUGGGGAAAGAAGUGCUAACAUUUUACAAGUUUGAUUUUUAGUUGCUAGAUUGAAACUAUAAUCACUGGACUACAUGGCAUGUUGACAGGCAACAAAGGGAAAAACACGUCUGGCAAGAAAGGGCUGUUCAGUGAAAGGCCGAAGCACUCAUUAGGGUCAGACCAUGCUUUGACUCCACCGUAUGUGUAGUUACAAAGAAGCAGCAUUAAUGACUCAUUCCUCAAAUUUACUUUCCCAUAAAUUAUUCUAUAAUAUAGUUAAAUAAACAUGCAAACAAAACCUCAAGCUCUCAGCAAGACAAAAUUCAAAUAGGCUGUUGUCUAAAGCAAUAUGAACACAAUUACUUUAAAGCUGAAAACUUCCUUGAAGGCUUGACAGACGGCCAGUUUGAGUUUAAAACGUUAAAAUGUGCAUUAGCAUAUUGUGAUUCUAUGAUCACAGAUUGCAUAUUAAAGCUGUACACGUCAUUCAUUUGAAGAAAAUGUGACUAAAGACAUGGAAAUCAAAGGUCUAUCCCUGACUUUGGCCCUUUUUAAAUCUAAAUAAUAUGAACUGAUGUUAUUAAAUAGGGUUUUUGGUUGUUUUUUAGGUAACUGUAAAAUUCAGUAAAUGUCACACCUAUUUAAGUGACACUCUAGUGUUGCUGGGAAAUGUCACAAGUUGACAGGUUUAAAAUGCAGACACCGAACAGGAACCUGCUUGACACCAGCACUUAUACCAUCCCAUAAGCACACGUACAUUUCCAAGACUUCAGUUAAAGAGCACUGUAUUCUUAUUAUUGUGCACAAACACCUGAAGAACAUCGCAAAAAUGUCCACUUGAACAUCUGAAAGGCAACAUUUUUAAAAUGUAUAUUCCAGAUGAAUGCUGAAAAAUUUCAGCUUGAGAAUGGAGGGCUGUGAUGUGCUGUAUGUAUUUUAGUGGCUGUUGAUGUCUGCUGUGACUGACACACUGAAGAUGGUACAUGUAUUAUUACUGUAGACAUGAUACUAAGAACUGCAUGCACUAAUGUCCUUGGUCUAAUGUUCUCCAAGGGUUUAAUCUGUUGGUUUGAGUAUAAUAUAAAUGAUUUCCUUAAGGGAAUGAUGUAAUUAUGUGAUCAGUGUACAAGAAUGAGCAUCAGUUUGACUGUCAAGAGUAUUUGUUUGUUUUAGAGCAGCGAUAAAAAUGAAUCGAACAGAACAAAUGUUCAACCAUUUAAUUUAAUUUCCACAAAAAUGUCUGUACUUUUGCAUAGACCUGUUUGUGAAAAACAUGAUAAAAGAUCAGAUUAAAAAAAUUGUGAUUAUAAAAGCACAAGCCAUAAAACGAAUAGCUGAAAUGUUCAUAAAUAGGACUGAUAAAAAAAAGUUACAAAUAGCUGCUGAUGUUAUUUUCAUUAAAGGUCUCUUUUUCACUUUUGUGGUUUAAUAAAAAUUCCUAAAAUUAA